CGCAAAUAGAUAGGCACAUGCACAGCCACUGUUACAUCGAAAACAAGUCUCUACCAGUCUGAUAAGGCUACGCGGCGAUUAUGCUACCAUUGACAUAGACACGCACUACCCAAGAUGGCAACCUCCGCUGACGGCCCGGCGCGGAACGAGCAGGGUUCCCAUCCAGUGCGCCUUCCGCCGGUGCAGCUGGAGCUCUUCCUCGCAGAGGAUGGAGAAUCACGCGUAGUGUCACAUGCGGAGCUCGUCGAGAACGGCCUGCUGUGGUCGAAACGUACCCAAGCGUCCCGCGUGGGCUACCACCCGACCCCUGACGAAGGCGCAUACAUUCACGUGGCGCGGCUCAAGGAAUAUUUGUUCCAAACGCUUGGAGGUGAGCGUGAGGACGCCAAGACCGCGGACGAGAUUCCCCGAACGCUCGACGAGAUUCGGAAGCGUGAUCCGCGGCGGAUACAGAUGACGCGAGUUGGCGUGCCCCUUGAAACUACCGGGCUCAACAAGACGCAGUUCUUGCCACCGAUAGCUAAAAGUACCACUAGAGGAAGUCCACCUGGCUCCGGGUCAGCCUCGCCAUCGGGGAGAACCACCUCGGUGUUGAGGCGCGGCUACGACGACAGGUUUGCCGCAAGUGCCGUCACAGCCGCGAGUUACCUUCAGGUGGAGUCCGUUAAUUUUCCGGGAAAGAAAUGGAUUCCCAGUGCAAGGUUCCUGGAUCUGCGGUUUCACCCUGCAACGCAUUUCCGUGACCUGGGUAAAGAAUUUCAUCUCUCCAUCCCUGUUGCGGACCGGGAGUUUUUGUUCAUUCCACAGCUGCGACCCAAGACUAUGAAGGUACAGAAUUUAUCUAGUCCUGAAUUGUCAGAAUCAAGUUUUUUGCACGAGACAUCCUGAUAUGUGGGUGUGUGGAUGUCGAAUAUAGAGCAUGAAUAUGAAUAUGAAGUCUAGGAAUCUGAAAUAUCCGCAUUGUAGGGAGGUGGUGGACUUUUCGGACGUGCCCGCUGACACACUACCACCGGCGGAGCAACCGGGCCAGCAUGGUGAUGCAACACUACCCAGUGGACAGGAGGUGCGGUUUCGGUUUUCGCUGAAGCGAAAAGGGCUCUCCCGCGACGCGGUGCGAAAGCUAGUAAGCCGCGAUGACUCAUUUCCGGUGGUACUUCCGGAAGUUUACGACGUGUUCUCGGAUGACGACGAGUCGGAUAUGGAAAGAGAAAGAAAAGCGGUCAUCGAAGCAAACCCGGGUGCAUUUUCGCCGAAGCGAAGCUCAGGCAGGGGUAGCGUACUGUCCCGCCGCCCCACGCGCCUCGGUUGGCGCGACGUUGAAACGCAGCGUCGAGUCGUGUGUUUCCGGGAGCCGUGGCGCGCAACGCUGGAGAAACUGCUGCAUUCCAUGCUUGGCUUCAGCUCUCGGAAAGAGGACGAGACGAAGCAGAUGAAAAAGGACUUGGACAAGGCCUUUCAGGAGGCAAAAGAGCAGAAGCGCGGUUCUUCUAGUACUCCUGUGGACCACGAGUCAACCGGCGGGGCGGAAAGAACUUCUGGAGAGCUUUCUCCUGCGGACCGGCUUCUGUAUGCCUACUACGGUGGGGAACCCGGGGCGACGAAUGCGGAGUCUCUCGCGGCAGCCGGGCUGGUUCGCAAGAAGGACAACACCGAGGAAGAUCCGAACGUGCCGAAGCGCACCAUGACCCAAGCUGAAAAGCAAGCCCUAGCGAAGGCGAGGAAGCGAUUUUCCAUUCCGUCGCAGAAGCUGGGCCCGAACUUUGGCACAUUCGAGGAAUUGCGUUUCACGAUGCAAGAGCUGUUCGACAUGUUCGCGCAACCCGAGGUGUUCGAAAAAGACGGAAAGGAAUCGCUGGAAGCCUUGUUGCUGGGUGUUCCGAAGCCGGACGCCGCCGUGCAUGAGGGCAAGGAUGUGGAAACGGUUCUGUUUGAUUUCAACCCUCUCCGGCUGAAGCCGCUGCAAAAGCAGCUGUGUCUGCGCGCCCCGGGCGGCAAUGAGUCCCUCCCCCUUGCGAUGCGGAAGACGAAGAAGAAAGAGCAGUCCUCAGUAGAUCCUCCUACUCUAGACCCGACGCUCGUCGCCGGGCUUGGCGAAGGCACGAGCCCGGAUAGCUCGCCUGCCGCGAAGAAGACUGGCGAGAAAAAGCGGUACCGCUUCGAGUUUGGCUCUGGGUCAAAGGCGGAGAUCAGUGACGAUCGAACAGUGACACUCACCAGCGACUUAACGGCCACGCUGCAGAAACAGGGGCUGCUGCCGGACGACAAGGCCAAGGUGCUGGAGAUGUACGAACGGUGUCUCGUCCCGUUCUUUCACCUCUUAUGCGAAAACGGACCGGCGGACCUGCUGGAGGAACUGGUUCGGUUGUGGGACAAAAAGGAGCUGCACGUCCUGGAGCGGUACGUCCUUCCGGACGAGGGCGCACCGCGGCCUGCCUACGCGGCGCUUUCGUAUGUGGAGCAGCAGGCGCGGGCGCAGUUACGCGGCGCGCAGUGGCGAGAAAAUGCAGGAGACCAGCGCGAGGCCCUUGGAGAAGAAGAGAACACAGGAGCGCCGUCCUCUUCCGGUGGGCCUUUUCAGCAGCAUCUCGAUGACAACGACCCGAGAAAAGCUCCGCCGCCUUCCGGAAACAUUAAAGCAGCGACGGCAGCAGGUUCUAAGAAAAAGUACUCGCCGAAAAAAGUUGUGGGAUUUCGGUGCGUCGACGACAGUCCGGUCGUACCGGUCGGGGCGGGGAGCAAGAACAUAAAAGGGCACAAAAAAGAGGGCACCAGCAGCUCGGGGGGUAGAAACGAGAGCAACGCCGAUCCCACAAUAUUAAGCAACAAAAAGAGGCAAGUGACUACGCCAUUCCUUUCGACGCCGCUGCACGCCGCAGCAAAAGGAAAUCGCACUGACAUUGCCGAAAUGUUGCUGCAGUGCGAGAAGGACGCGUUGGAGCGAGACGCGUACUUCAGGCACUUCCUACCGGACAUUCUGCAGGAGACCACCAUGUUGCACGCCAAGGACGAAAAGGGUUGGACGCCGCUGCUUUGCGCCGCAGCCCGCGGCCAGAUUUCCAUGGUUCGCUGGCUUCUAGAGCAGAAGGCGGAUGUGAACACGCGGGGGGCUGUUCGCGGCGAGACGCCCCUGUUUCUCGCAACUGCCAGUGGGAACACCGAGCUAGUGCAGGAGCUGUUGCGGCUAGACGAGCACCGCUACCGCUGGAACCACGCGGGCGAAAACGAAGUGACUGCUGUUGGGGGCGACGUUGCUGAGAGAACAACUGCGCUUGUUGAGAAAAACUCUGACCCCGCGAGCAUCCUUGACCAGCACGUGCAACAGCAACUGGACGCGCUGCUGAAAACCUCCGGGUCAGCUGGUACAACCGGGGGUGAUUUUCAGACGAAAGUUCCUUUGUUUCAGGAAUAUCUGAACUUCAACACCAAGCUGUACGACAACAUGGAGACGCCGUUGACGCGCGCUUGCUGGGAGGGUGAUCUGGAGAUCGCGAAGAUUCUGCUGGACACCUUGAAGGACGAAACUCGGUAUGGUAUGAGCCAGCGCAUUUUGCACAUCAACAGCAAAGACGGGCUCGAUCGCACGCCACUGCUGCACGCAAUUCUCGGCAAGAAGCCGCUGGACAUGGUGCGACUGCUUCUCGAGUACCGGUACUGGGCGAACUUCAACGUGCACAAGAAGAAGAAAAAACUGCACUACAAGGAGAAGCCCGUAGUGCAUUUAUCCCCGAUGCAGCGCCGGAAAAUGAUGGAAAAGAAGGACGGGCACUUCUCGAUGGACAUUCCUCUCCUGCUGCCGGACAACAGCGCGCUCGCGUCCACGCGGCCGCGCGUGGGUCUGAUCAAGGAGAACAACGUGGAGUCCUGGUUUCUCCCCUCCUGGUACGCGGGACCGGUCGAAACAAUCGGGCCCUCGCCGAAGAAGAAAACACGCAGCCUGUCGCCGGUGCGCAGUCGCAGUACGCUGCUCGACUUGAUGGGCAGAAAGGACACCACCCAGCUGUUGCACGAGAAGCGACCGAAGUACGGGGAAGAUUUCUACCUCUACCCCGACCCGAAUGACAACAAAAAUUUCCGGACCGCGGCCGACGCGCACGCAGUCGUCGCGAACGCGAAGGAUCUUCGCGUCGAGGGGCUCGAGUCCGACGACGACCUCGAUCUGGUGCCCGACGCCGUCGUGAAGAGCCGCCUACCGGAGACGCAGGUCCUGGAUCUGAACGCGACUUUGCUCCCGUCGAAGAAAACCGCAUUGCACUUGUCGGUGGGGUUCGCCGAGAACAUCGGGCUGGCGGAAAAGUUGGUGCGCCAGCUUCUCCUCGCGGAUUUAACGCACCAGCGACUGGUCAGCACGCGCAAGGUUUCGCGGCGCGCUGGCCACGCGUUUUUGGAUGUCAACGCGAGGGACGGAACGGGGGAGACUGUCCUGUACCAGGCCGUGGACAUGAAGCAAAUUUCCUUGGUCAGACUGCUGCUGUCCCACAACGCGAUUGACGUGAAUGCGCACGUGUUUGUUUCUUGUGACGACAGGCAUGAUCACACGGCAAUACCUGCGGAAGAUGGUGAUGCGAAGGAGCGAAAGAAGGAGACAGAGGACGAAGGGAUGAACUCGCCGAAACAAGCUUCUGAAGUCAAUUCUCCCACCAGUGUGCCGGCGUCUUCAACUUCAUCACCACAGUCGGUAGCAAGCAAAACGCCCUCGCCACCCAAGUCCCCCAAAGGAUUCAGCUCGCCAAAGGCAGGAGCGAAGGCGUCAGCGAGUUCUGGCAAGAGCAAAAAGAGUACCGGCGUUUCCGCGUCAUGUAAAGCAAAGCCCAAGGCGGCUUCUCCCAAGGCCGCUGCUGCGGCAGAAGCUACAGCAAAAGUAGCGGUGGAAAAGAAAGUAGUAGCGAAGCCGAAGCGCAAAACCGCAUCGGACGGGAAAUCUCCGCUGCUCCGUGCGGUGGAGCUGCGGCAUGUAGUCAUGGUUCGCGCAUUCUUAGACUGGGAUCGAGCGCUGCGUGCGUCCGACUUUUUUCUCCCGGAAGAUUUGGCGGAAAUCGCAACGGCAGCCGAGGCACAAGAGGCGCAAGACGUCAUUCUGUCUGCAGCGAUGAAGGCCGAAGCGCAGCGAAAGGCGGAGAAGUCCACACUGUACGCGCUCGGCGAAGGGGAUUUCUUGCGCGAGGUCGCUGCGCGCUUGCAAAAGGAGGAAGAUCGUGCCGAAAAAAACAAAGCCGCGUCCUCGUCUACCGCUUCCAGCAAGAAGGGCACGCCACGAGGCAGCAGUAUUAAAGCCGAAAAAUCUGCGGCUUCCAAAAAGGCCUCGGCGAAAAACACACCGCGAGGGAAGAACAAGGGAACAGCUACUGCAAACAAGACAGGUGAAGACAACAAAGCGAAUAAACAACCGAAGUCUAAAGCCACCUCCGGAAACGCCUCGCCAAAAGAAACAGGCACGCCUCAGCAUGGAGCAAUUUUGCAGGAACCCACGGAGCCGCUCGACGCGACCAGUCCGAUUCCUUUCCUCCUGAACGAACCGGCAGGAACAAAUGCCGACGGGUCCUCUAAGACGAGUCCGCCGGUUACCUCGUCGCCGAAAAGCGGUAAUAAGAAGGCGGGCAAGCAGCUGGUUUUGGACUACGCGGACAAGCCGCUGCCGAAGCUCCCUUUCUACGACGAGGAGCCCGUAUUGCAGUGGAAGAUCCGAGGCUGGGAUGCGGAGAUUGACCAUAUUUUCCGUUUGGCCGUGGUGGUGGAUAAAAAGAUCCAGAUCCGGUCUAAGCGGUUAAAAGUGAACCAAAACAUUGACUACGCGACCGUGAAGGUGCUGCGCAUCGACGACCCCGACGGGCAGGGCUACAAGAAGGAAACCGCGGAGGGCAACUGGCGGCCGACGGCCAGCGGGGAGGGGGUGCGGGUCUUCGUUGAGAUGGAGGGGAUCCGGGACACGAAGAAGUUCCUCAUUUGCCGCUACCAGGUGAAAGAAGUGUACGACGCUGAGAUGGUGAAGCGCCAGCGCAUCAAGAAGUACCUGCUCGCGCGCGCGGACCAGCGGAAGGCGAAGGAUGUUGGGAAAAAAAUUGGGCAGAAAAUACUGGCGGAAGUUCUGUUUGGGGAUCAAAACUACAACAACAGCUUGUCCCUCCAAGCGGGCCGUUGUAACCACAAGGACGACGACGUAUUGGGAACAACCGGUCGUGCCGUUGGCGUGGACCCGGACGAGCCGGUGAGUCCGAAGAACGAGUACCUGAAGUCUUUGGGCGCGAAGUACAGCGAUGACCCGGACGCGAAAACGCUUCUCGGUGUGGACGUGAUGAGCGUGGACCCGUUUUCCUUGCACCAGCAAAACAUGAGCUUCGCCUGGUCGACUAGCACUGGUGCGGUGGAAGCGCCGGCAGGUGGACGAGGGAACAAUGGAAUGUCCUCGGCGCGCACGAAGAAAAAAAGCGGGAAUGUAAACAAAACCGAAGUGACGAAAUCCAAGCCGCUGAAUCCGAACAUUCAGGAUCGCGUCACCGGAAAGACUCCACUACACAUUGCCGUCGAAACGCAACACAUUGACAUGAUUCGGCUCUUGCUGACGCACCCUUUUUGCAAUCCGCACGUGCCGGACCUCCUCGGGCGGACACCCUCGAUUCUCGCGACAACCUUGCCCGUCGGGAUGGAAAAAGAUCGAAUUUUGAAACUGUUUGAGAAUAUGCAACGAGAUGACCACGGAUGAGCCAGAGGUAUGGGCGAUCUGUUUCGGAUACAGAAAGUGAAAAGGACGAACACAGAUGAAAACGAUCCUGCAAUUCGGAG